CAACAACGGCGCCAACUAUGUGAAAUGUCAGAGUAAAUAAUGAAUGCCAAAAUUUCAAGUUCAUAAGCAUAUAAGCAAUAAUACUCAAGAUUAAUAUGUCUAGUUAGGUACACCAGUGUAUAGGUUAUUUAUAUUAAUUGUGUAGACAUAAUUUUAGAGAGAAAUAAUAAAGAAAUGCAUUGAUUAACUAACAAGGAAAAUUCUACAUUACAAGGGAUUUGAGCAAAUUCUAGUAAAAGAUUGAAAAUAGGAAUAGUAAAGAGGGUUUCUCACAUAAAAUGGCUACUGUUAAGUAUGAUCUAGAUACCUCUGGGGGCCUAAUGGAUCAAAUCCAAGCAUUGAUAGCACCUCCUAAGAGUGAUGAUAAUGGUGAAAAUGGCAGUAAAAAACCUGACCAUCCGUACUACAAAAGACCUGGCAAAGGGCACAAUCAUGAUAGUUGUGAUGCUUGUGGUGAAGGAGGAGAUCUUAUAUGUUGUGAUAAAUGCCCCUAUAGUUUUCAUUUUGGAUGCCAUGACCCACCUCUCGAGGAAAAGGACAUACCAAUGGGCGAAUGGUUGUGUCAAUCUUGUAGAUAUUUUAAAAAACAAAGUAGCAUUAGUUCAGAGGUUCCACAACUUCGAAGCAAAAGAUCCAAUAGUACUCCACCUAGUUCUUCAGUUGCCAAAUGUCCAUCGAAAAAGCAAAAACUUAGCCCGAUGGAAGUUCUGAUUGAAGCUGCCAAUGCUAUGAACCCCAAACAAUUUGAAUUACCCAGAAGUAUGAGUGUUCCUUGUGUAUUUCCUGGAAUAGAUAAAGUUGAAAUCCCAUACUCGAAGGUAGGAAGGAAAACUUUCAAGAUAUCUAAAGCGCACGAAAAAGGACCAGGUGGAACAAUACCCCUGCCGGCUAAAAAAUGCAGUGAAUGUAGGCGAUCUUGUAGAGUUGCACCAUUGAUCUCGUGUGACUUUUGUGAAUCCUUUUACCAUUUAGAUUGCCUCGAUCCACCUCUGACUAAUCCUCCUUCGGGCAUGUGGAUGUGUCCACAACAUGUUGAACAUUGUUUGGACUCAAUGCUACUGAAAUCUGUAUCAGCCACUGAGAGAGUUAAAUUAUGGGACAAAUUUACAGGACCCGUAGAUCAAGACUCAAUAAAAUUACAGUUUUUUAGGAAGAUACAUAGAAAAAAUCCACCGUUUAGAAUAAAAACGAAAUUGCCACCUAGAAAUACGGUCAUUGUACCAGAUAUGGUGAAGUAUCAUUACAAAAAACCUGUUCACCUUCUUCCUCGCCUUAGAGAUGUUUUACGGUUAGAAUAUGUUGAAAAUAGACGGAAAUAUAAUGACAUUGAUGAGAGUAUAGUUAAAGAUGAUGAUACAGAGGUUAUCGAAGAUGGUAUUAAGGAGGAGUUUAAUCAUGACGAAUUAGAUGAAGUAGUUAAUUGUGAUAUUAAGAAUAGACAUUAUGAAAACAGUUCUAGUAAUAAUAUCUCUGAUUGGACGGCUGUGAAUGGUUUUAUAAAAAAUGAGAAUUUGAAUGGAGGAUUUUUCGAAAAGGACCUUAUCAAAAAAGAGCAUAAUUUCGUUAGUGAUAUGAUAUCUGGACUGACAUCAGAGAUUGAGUUUGAACUGAAACAACUUGAUGAUAGACUGAUAAGACUACUAGCCUACCAGCGUAUUCAACAACUACUAAACUCACCCUCUUCUGCGAACAAUAUGUUUUCGCCAGCCGUUCGAGAAAAGUUAAGUCACAUGACGUAUCCGAGUGAAUUGUUGACUCCAGCCGAUAUUGAUAGGAUAUCGAGGGUGUUCUCAAAUCCGAAGAAAAAGACCAAAUCUAAACCGACCAUUAGAGCGAGAGCCAUGAUAUGUCCCGUUGUUUCUAAGUAUUUUUAUAAUCUCCAUACUACCGAGGUUGAUUCGACUGAUGUCAGGCAUGACGCCAGUUUUAUGGGCUUCAGACCUACGAAGUCUGUGCGUUUUCCUGAAGCUAUAGCAAUGCGAUAUAGAGUAUUAAAUAUAGGAAAAGGAUCUGCCAAUGAAGUGAAUCUAGAAAAGUUUGGAAUUUGUAGUAAUAUUGUCCCCAAACAUGCCGUUAUUUUUUAUGAUGAUUAUACAAACCAUUAUGAAUUAAUUAACUAUUCGCCUUAUGGAACAUACGUAAACAAUGUACUAUAUUCGAACAAUAAUUGUACAAAUCGUCCAGAUUUGAAUGGAUCACCGGUAGAAAAUUGUGCCAAUUUUGAAUUGUUAGUAAGAGAACGAAUAGAUCAAAAGAGGAAAGUGAAUAGGUCGAGUAAAUUCUCUGUAGAUGCCAAAUGUCAGCUAAAGAUUGCACAGAAAGGUUUGAAUGCCAUUGCGUGAACAAUUCAGAUGAUGAGCAGAAAGGCUGGGAGAGUUCAGCGAUUGUGAAUCAUGGUUACUCCCUUCGUUUUGGUUGUAUUUCAUUUGUCUUUUCAAUCGUUGAAAGUACAAACUAAUCAAAUAAGUUAUUGUAAAUAAAUGUUAUUUUUUG